UCAGAAGUCAUGGCGUCGUGUCAGAGUUUAAAGCUGCUGUUUGUCUCUCUGAUGAUGAUGAAGAUGAUGAAAAUGACCUCAGCUGCAUCACAACAGAACAUCUGCUCCAACUCCACGGUUAUGAAGACUCGGACAGCGUGUCAUUCGUGCAGCAUCAGCAUGUUGAUGCCGUGUCCGUCAGGAUACCAACAGACGCCCAGAUCCACCGCUCCGGACUGCAAGUACUACAUCAGGACUCCCAGUCUGAAGUUACCCAUCAGCGGCUGCUCCUUCGAGUGCUACCGACAGGUGGAGGUGAAGAGCUGCUGUCCUGGUUUCUGGGGUCCAGACUGUAUCGAGUGUCCUGAUCGGGCCGACGGACCCUGCAGCACCAGAGGAGUCUGUUCUGAUGGACUGGGAGGGGACGGCACCUGCAGCUGUCAGGUGGGCUUUGCAGGAACUGCAUGUGAGGAUUGUGCACCUGGUCGAUAUGGUCCCACCUGCAGCUCAGUGUGUUCGUGUGUCCAUGGUCUGUGUGACUCUGGUCUUAAAGGUGAUGGGAGGUGCACCUGUUUCUCUGGAUAUAGAGGUCCAAAGUGUGAUCAAGAGCUCCCUGAGUGUGCGUCUCUCAGCUGUCAGGUGAACUCUCGCUGUAUGGAGGAUGCUCUGACGGGUCAGCUGAUGUGUCAGUGUCUCCCUGGUUACCAGAAGUCAGGAGCUCAGUGUUUAUCCAUAAACCCUUGUCUCCAGCGGGUCUGUCAUGUCGAGGCGUCCUGUGUCCACAACGGACCGAACCAGCACCUCUGUGCCUGUAACCAGGGUUACAGCGGAGACGGACGGGUCUGCAUGGCCAUCGAUCCGUGUCAGACCAAUCAGGGAGGCUGCUCCGCCGAGUCUGCUCGCUGCGUCUACGACGGGCCGGGGAAGUCCCACUGUGAGUGUCUUCCUGGCUUUGAACACCUGCUGAAUGGCGGCUGCAGCCUGAAGGAGUCCUGCGGUCCUGAUUCCUGUCACCAGAACGCCAACUGCACCACCGUGGGACCAGGACGAGUCGAAUGCACCUGUCUCCAGGGUUACCUUGGUAACGGUAAAGUUUGUUACGGGAACAUCAUCCAGCGUCUGAGCAGUCUGAACACGGAGCCCGGAGGACAGUGGAGGGGUCAGCUGAGCAACGCCAUCACGCUGUUCGACUUUGUUUCGUGGCCUCUGCAGAAUCUGGGACCUUUCACUCUGUUUGUCCCGAUCAAUAAAGGCUUCAGGGGAACUACAAUGAAGUCUCUGACAGCAGACGCGUCCAAAGCUAAAUACCUGUGUAAGAUGCACUUGGUUGCCGGGGUGAUGCCCUUUGACACUCUGAAGAAAACGGACGUCUUCUACACUUUGACCGGGAAAUCAGCAGAGACGGACACAUCGGAGGGGGACUCUCAGACUAAAAUCCGUAUCCAUGGCAGCAGGAAGAAAGGCGUGAUCGUCCAGUCUGACGUGGUGGCAUCCAACGGGAUGAUCCACAUCAUCAACAGGCUGAUGGACGGAGUCGUGCCUACAGUGGAGAGCAACUCAGAGGAGAAUCUGAUGAAUAUCAUUUUUGACUACGGAAAAUUCGACAAGUUCAAGUCUUUAUUAGAGAAAGCUGACCUGGGGUCAGUCCUGGACCUCCCUGGUCCGAUCACCGUCUUCGCUCCCACCAGUUCAGCCUUCGAUGAGAUGACUGAAGGUCACCUGCUGUACCUGAGCAGCGCCGAAGGUCACAACAAACUGGUGGAGCUGCUCAGGAACCACAUCGUCGAGUCCACCACGCUGGACGUCUUCAACGCAGUGUCCAGUCCCAGGAUUGUGACGAUGGCCAAUCAGGUUUUGACGAUUAACAAGACAGAAAAUGGUCAGAUUUUAUUGAAUGGGGCGGCGGUGUUGGAGGCAGCAGUGGAAGCUAAAAAUGGUCGUCUCUAUGUGCUGGAUGGAGUUUUGACUCCGUCCUCCAUCGAACCGGUGCUGCCCCACAGGUGUGACAUCACCAAGACCAAGAUCAUCAAGGGUGAAUGUGUCGGCUGCUCUAAAGUCAAACUGUCUCCGUGCUCGACUGGAGUUUAUACAGGCUCCUCCACCUUCGGAUGUGUCUACAUGCUGUCCCUCAGCAUAUCAGCUGUUAACAUCCCGGCGACAGGCUGCUCACCGCUCUGCAACGCCACCGUCACAACUCCAGCAUGUUGUAAAGGUUUCUAUGGGCCAGACUGCAGUCCCUGUCCAGGUGGAUACCAGACACCAUGCUCCGGUCACGGUCAGUGUUUCGAGGGGAUUGGAGGAAAUGGAUCGUGUAUCUGUGAUUCGAACUUCCGAGGCUCUCGCUGUCAUUACUGCUCCUCCUCCAAUAAAUACGGACCAAACUGUGACAGAACCUGUCCCUGUGUCCACGGACAGUGUGAUAACCGCCCGGACUCAAACGGUCGCUGUAAACCGGACUCCUGUCUGACGGGUUUCACCGGUCAGUUCUGCGAUCGCAGGACGGCGGUGUGCGGCGUUCAGGCUCAGUUCUGUCACGCCCAUGCAGACUGUGACUUCAGCCAGGGAACCACCAGGUGUGUAUGUAAACAUGGUUACCAAGGUGACGGCAUCACCUGUGUUGAGUCGGACCCCUGUGCUUCACCUCUCCGUGGCGGCUGCAGUGUGAAUGCUAAAUGCAUAAAGACAGGACCAGCCACUCACACCUGUCAGUGUCUGACCGGAUGGAGGGACGACGAAGACGAGUGUCAGCCAAUCAACAACUGUGAUGGUCCGGACGCUGGCGGCUGCCACCCCAACGCCACCUGCAUCUACGUCGGACCUGGACAGAGUGACUGUACGUGUAAAGCCGGCUACAAAGGAAACGGGCAAGACUGUGAAGCUGUGAAUCAGUGUGUGACCGUUAAUGGAGGCUGUCAUUACCUGGCCAGCUGCCUCCUGCUGUUCUCUCAGUGGACGUGUGUUUGUGACGAUGAAUACAUUGGAAAUGGACACGUGUGUUACGGUACCGUGGAGCAGGCGCUGCUGGAUCUGCCCAACGCCUCCGAGUUCUUCACAUGGACAACUGACUCGGGUCUGUCCCGGUCUCUGUCGGAUCAGAACCUCACCCUCCUGGUUCCGUCUUCAGCCGCCGUCGCUAAAAUGUCUCAAGAGGACAAAGACUUCUGGACCACAAGGGGGAACCUGCCGAGUCUCAUCAGGAAUCACAUGAUCCCGGGAAACUACCCGCUAUCCAGUCUGAGCAGCAUCUCCUCUCUCACUUCCCUUCUCAAGACAAAACUUCCUGUUUCAACAACCAAUGAGCUCACGGUGGUCGGAGGAGCGACCAUCACCACGUCCAACGUAGCUGCUACCAACGGACUGAUCCACGUCAUUGAUCAGGUUCUGGUUCCUGACAGGAAGCUGAGUGAAGGUCUGCUGGCGACUCUGGCUCUGAGACCGGACUUCUCUCUGUUCAGAUCGUAUCUCAUCGAUUACAACCUGACAGACGAGAUCGAACAGGCUGAUGAGUUCACCGUCUUUGCUCCAACAGAUGCCGCCGUCUCUGAUUACCUGAAGAAAAUGUCUGCAACUUCCCUGGAUGUGAAUACGACCCUUUACCACGUGGUGGCGUCGGAGCGUCUGCUGAAGACCGACCUUCAGCCCGGAGGAUACAAACAGACGCUGCUUGGGUUCUCCUUCCAACUCGCCUUCUACCCCCGAGACGGAAAGCUGUUUGUGAACGAGGCUCAGAUCAACUCCUCCAACCUGUUGAGUGGUAACGGAGUGAUUCACGGCCUGUCGGCUGUUCUGCACAUCAACAGGAACCGCUGCGACCACGUCACCUCCCGCAAAGUCAUUGGAAGCUGUGUGGACUGUUUGUUCCCUCAGAGCACAAUCUGCCCCAAUGACACCGUCCCAGACAAAUCGACAAGGACGAGGAAGUGUAUGUUCUCUCGGAUGUUUGAAGGAGAGCGACUGCUGACCAUCGGCUGCAGAGCCACCUGCCUCCAGAACAACAUCGUGCGGAAGUGCUGCGGAGGGUUCUUCGGCGAGCACUGUGAGCCAUGUCCCGGUCCUAAGGGUCAGCCCUGCUACGGUAACGGAGCGUGUUCGGACGGGACCAACGGUACCGGAGUCUGUCAGUGUGACAAAGCUUUCACUGGGACCGCCUGUGAAACCUGCCAAAGAGGCAAAUAUGGAGUCCACUGUGAUCAGGAGUGUGGCUGUAAUAUAAAUGGACAUUGUAAUGAAGGACUGAAAGGUGACGGGACGUGCGAGUGUUACCUUGGCUGGAGAGGAGUCCUCUGUGAUGAAGAGAUUAAAUCCAAAGAUGAUGAACUGUGCGGCUCAAUGAAAUGUCACACCAGCGCAAAUUGUGUGUUCAGGUCGUCCGUGCCUCAGUGUCUCUGUGCCGCAGGAUUUAAAGGAAACGGAACUUCCUGUCAAGCUACAGACCCGUGUCUGGUGGAUAACGGUGGCUGCAGUCCGUAUGCGGUCUGUAAGAGGACGCGACCCGGCCAGAGAGACUGUGUGUGUGACAGUGGUUAUUCUGGUGAUGGACUGGUGUGUGUCGAGAUAAAUCCCUGUGUGGAAGGGAAUGGAGGUUGUCACGCCAACGCAGAGUGUGUCCACGUCGGACCGAACAAAACUUCCUGUUCCUGCAGUGAAGGUUACUCAGGCAACGGACAGACCUGUAAGGUGAUCAACCUGUGUCAGAAGAAAAACGGCGGCUGUCACCAGUACGCCAGAUGUAACCUGACGGGUCCAGGUGUUCGUACCUGCACGUGUAACAGUAACUUCAUUGGAGACGGAGUCACCUGCAAAGGCACCGUGGCGAAGGAGAUCCUGAAGAGGAAGCUCAGAGACUUCUACCUCGGUCUGAUGUUGAUGGAUAUUUCUGUGAGAGGUCGUGGUCCGUUCACCGUCUUCGUUCCGAACCCUGAAGCCUUCACCAAAGAGAGAAGCAGCCUCAGCAAGAUGAAAUCUACGAACACUCAUAAAGAAGAGUUUGCCAACAUCCUGCGCAGCCACAUCGUCAUGUGUCACACUCUGCUGCCCGCUGACCUGGCCCGACCCCGAAACAUGACGUCACUGUCCGGACUGGUUCUGACCACCAGCGCCAUCCAGGGCAGCCUCUUCAUCAACGAGGCUAACGUGACGUACAGCGACAGCGUCAGCGUUAACGGGAUCUUCCACGAGAUCAACAGGGUUCUGCUUCCUCCCGUCGUGGACACAGGAAAACUGUCAACCGUUCCUCUGAACCUCAGUGACGUGGCAGAAGGUAACGGGUAUAAAACCUUCUACGGACUGCUCGUGGGCACAGGUGUGAUGAAACUGUUCGAUGAUGAGAAGUACCCCCCGCUGACCGUCUUCAUGCCCUCAGAUAGUGUCAUGGCGUCUCUGCCGAAGGAGCAGAAGGACUUCCUGUUCCACUCUGACAACGUACCAAAGCUGGUGGAGUACAUGAAGUAUCACAUCCUGUUCGGCCAGAAGGUUUACGCUGAAGGUCUGAUCCAUCUGAACUCGCCUCAGACCCUGCAGGGGUCGCCGCUCUCGUUCACCUGUGGAGGGACGGACCAAAUCGGAGAGAUCUUCGUUAAUGACGGGAAGUGUCGGAUUGUUCAGAGACACCUCGUGUUUAACGGCGGGAUUGCCUACGGGAUCGACUGCCUGCUGACUCCGCCCAGCCUCGGAGGACGCUGUGAUCAACACAAGACCGUGUACCUUCCGAUGACCUGUGGACUGUGCACCAACUCCGCUUCUCGUUGUUUCAAAGGCUCCACACUGAAGAAAGUUGAGAAGUGUGAUCUUCCCUCCGUGUUCAUCACUAAAAACUCCGGCUGUCGCAGCAUCUGUACCUUCAACAUCUGGGAGCCAAAGUGUUGUCAAGGUUACCACGGACCUGACUGUCUGGUCUGUCCUGGCGGCGUCGACGCUCCUUGCAGUAACCACGGUAAAUGUGACGACGGUCAGCUUGGUAACGGUACCUGUACCUGUGACGCAGGAUACAGGGGCGUGGCCUGCGAGCAGUGCAGUGAGGGGUUCUACGGAGACAUCUGUAAAGCCUGUAACUGCUCAGAACACGGGUCAUGUGACGUCGGGCGUAAAGGUGCAGGUUCCUGUUUCUGUGAGGCGGGCUGGACCGGAGAGCGCUGCGAGACGCCGCUUGCUGGCCUCUCUGAGUGUUCUCCGUCCUGUUCUCCAAAAGCCGUCUGUCAGGAAAACAACACCUGUGUGUGUCGGCCAUUUUAUGAAGGAGACGGAAUCACCUGUACAGCGAUGGACAUGUGUCAGAUGUGGAACGGCGGUUGCGCUAAAGGAGCCCGGUGUUCUCAGACAGGUGAACAGGUGAGUUGUACCUGUCCUAAAGGACACUCUGGAGACGGCUUCACCUGUCAGCCCAUCGACCCAUGUGUCUCCGGGGUCAACGGCGGCUGCCACGAACACGCCACCUGCACCAUGACGGCUCCGGGAAAGAAGAAGUGCACCUGUAAGGACAACUACAUCGGAGACGGACUCACAUGUCAGGUCAAACAGCUGCCAAUCAGCCGCUGUCUCCAAGACAACGGGCAGUGUCAUAAGGACGCCAAAUGUACCGACCUCCACUUUGAAGAUGCGAAGCUGGGUGUGUUUCACGUGCGCUCCGGUAACGGUCAGUACAAACUGAACUUCACUGCAGCUCAACAGGCCUGCGCUGCAGAGGGAGGCAGCCUGGCGACGUACGACCAGCUGUCCUACGCACAGCAGGGCGGGUUGAACAUGUGUUCUGCCGGCUGGUUGGACCAGGCCCGGGUGGCGUACCCCACCACCUAUUCCAACCCCCAGUGUGGCUUCGGACACAUCGGCAUCGUGGACUACGGCACCCGCAAAACCGGCGAGUCAUGGGACGCCUUCUGCUACCGGAUGAAGGAGGUGCAGUGUGAGUGUCAGCUCGGUUACGUUGGAGACGGUUUCAGCUGUACAGGAAACAUGCUGCAGGUCCUCCGAUCCACGACGACCUUCUCCAACUUCCUCACACAAAUCCUGAACUGCUCUCAGGUGUCUGAGUCCGGGAGGCAGUUUUUAAAGCGUCUCAGUAACCUGACGGUCCAGUCCACGUUGUUUGUACCGGACAACACCGGCCUGCCGGCCAACCAGACUCUGUCUCCCCGGGAUGUCGAGUUCCACCUGUCGGAGGGUCGGGCUCUUCCUCUCAGCCUCCUGAAGAAUGGCAGUCGGAUCAGAACUCGUGUCGGCAGUCUGACUGUCCUCGGAGUCGCCGACCUGCUCAGCCCCUCAUCUCUGUCGUCUCGUUACAUCAACGACCGAUUCGUCACCGACUCGGACAUCCUGGCUUCCAACGGCAUCAUUCAUGUUCUCCAGGGACCGCUGAAAGCCCUGCCUCCUCGCCAAGAGAUGCAUGUGGCCCAUAAGGCCGGGAUGGGAGUCGGACUGGUGCUGCUGAUUGUUCUGGUGGGAGGAGUCCUCUUCGUCGGAUAUCACUUCUACACCCACAAAACUAAACCCUUCCAAUUCCACUACUUCAAGGAGGAUGACGGGGAGGAAGAAGCUCCAGCUGCAGACUUCCCCGCCAGCAUCUGUAACCCGGUUUAUGAAGCAGCUCCAGAGCCGGCUGUGUCCAACACAUCUGAUGUCACAGCGGAGGAGCAACACCAGGAGGUGAACGGAGUAUCGUACGACCUGCUGCAGGACAGCUGAGCUGCUCACUGCUGGACUGGAACCCUCUGUGGACUGAAAGUCCUUCGACCAGCUUCAAACUCUGUUUCACUUAGUUUUACUUUCUCAGAUUCUGCCUCUCAAACCGAGCCGUUGAUGGAGGACUUCCCGAACAAUCAUGAUGCGUUCAGGUGCAACUUCAGUAAUUUUACAAACUGUGAGGUUUCAUUCCAGGACAUAAAACUAGAAGAUUUAAGAGUCAUUUUACUCUGAUCACAAACAUAUACUGUGAAUGAUCCCUUUAGUUUAAAACGGAUUUGUUGUCAGGAAAGUUUACAUUUUUAGAAAUUUUAAACUUUUAGGUUUUCUGCAGACAUAAAAAAGUUAGGUGAAGAAUCAAAACUGUGAAGUUAAAUGUUGAUUAAAACAUCAAACAGUG